AUGAAUGAAGAGGUAAUUCAUUACAAUCAAAAUAACUGUGAUAAGAAAAAUUAAAUUGUCUUGCAAAUGUUUAUAUUAGUACACUAAAAUAUGGAACAUGUGUUGUCAAUCAACCUUCCAGAAACACCUCAUUGACAACCAUCUUGUGCUUGACUGUGAUUGAAAUGAUUUGUUUAGACAUAGCAAAAUGUUGUAAAAUUGAGAUGUCUUUCUACCCUUCUGUAACACCUUAUAUUUUCUGAUAGGAUAUGGUGGCAUAUCAAGCUCAAGCUCAAUCUGAAGGGAAUUGGGAAAAAGCCAAAAUUUAUGGGAGAAACUCUGAGAAACCUCUCACCAAGUACCAGAGUGCUAUAAAUGAAGCAGCAAUCGCCAUUGCAAAGGAGGAACCUAUUGUUGUUCUUGAUAGAGGUAUGCAUUUCAAGAUUUUGUAGAAUGCUUGUGAAAAGUAGGGCACAUAAGGGCACAUUGCUAGUUAAUGGGCUAAAUUAUAUAUACUGUUUAUUCACUCUUUCCUCAAUGGCGUUGUUUUCAUGUUGCUAUUUCCUCAUGUUUAUUGUUUAGUACAAGUCAAGAAUCCUAUAACAAGCUAUCGUCUUUACUGAGUACAAAUCUCAAAAUCAGAAAAAAGUGGGGGUACAUUUUUUGAGUAGAUGAAAAAAAGGGGGGGGUACAGUUUAAGUUCUAGCAAUUUCAUGCAUUGCAUGACUUUGAUAUUAUUGGGCAAAAAUAAAAGAAAUUUCUAGAUUAGCAGGAAAAUACUAUUAAAACAGAAAAUUUUGAUAAAUUAAAAAACCGAAACACCAGACAAAUUAUUUUUAAAUUUAAAUGAAAAAUAUACAAAUGUAGUCUCGACCCCAGACCCCUAAGACGUUUUCAAAAUGGCAGAAUCUUUUUUCAGCCCACGUACUUGCUAAUCAGCAUGAUCUCUUCCCAAAAUUAAGGCUGUCUUAAUUGUAAAAAGCAUUCAAAUUAAGACAUUGCCUUAAUUUGAACCCUAACCCGCACUUCUAACCCUAACCUAAUCUUGGUCAGACCCUAAUCUAACCCUAGUCUAAAAUUUGAUGACCUGCUCGUCCAGGGCCAUUAAUUACUUUUAUAGCCAAAACGGCUUGUCUAAUCUUGUGGUAUUGUUAAAUUAAGACUAUGUCUUAAUUUUGGAGAUUUUCAAAUUUAAACCAUAUCCUUAAUUUUCAAGAGUUUUACAAUUAAGACAUAGCUUUAAUUUUAAGAAGAGAUCUUGUCAGCUAAUUUCAUAUUUCCUUCUUUGUUUUUGAAUAAUCGGGGGGGGGGAUUUUUCUCACAUGACUUUUUUUGGGGGGUACAAUUUUUAAAACGUCGAAUUUUAGGGGGGGGGGGACAAUUCUUGAUAAACUCUUUAAAAAAUAAGCACAUGCCCCCCCCCUGGCAAUAACUAACAAACAGUCCCUAAUAAAUAUUUAACAAAACCCAAAUAGUUAUAAUACAAAGUGAGCUUGGCCACAGGACCAUGAUGAACCAAGUUACAAUCUUCUCAUCAGUUUAGGUGUGGUUCCAGUGUUUGUGUUUCUCAACUAAUUAAUUAACAAAUUCAAGGCCAGAAUUAACGUUAUAACAGCAUGACAUUGCCAAACUUGGCAAACUUGGCAAGGGCAAUCAAAAACGAAAAUACAGGAAUAUUUAUAGACAUGUUUUUUAUAGGAAAUUUGUUGAACAAAGCAAAGCAAAAAGUAAUGUCGGAUGGCUACCAAUUCGCGAAGGGGAAGUCGAGAAGCAAAAGUGCGUCGGAUGCAGAAUCGGAGGGUUCAGCUACAAAAAGAGCCAAGUUAAGUUCCGAAGAACGAUCCCGCGAAAUAAAAUUGUUGCGAGAGAAUUUGCAAACGUUGACCAACCGCCUAGGUUUUAAAGCACGGCAACUUGAUAAAGAACGUUGUAUCAGGAACUUUAAGCAAUGUGAUACCAUCAGCGGCGAAAUGAUGGAAAUCCGAAAAGAGCGAGCUUCUCUAGAAAGGCAACUAUCGGCACUCAUGAAAAAAGAGGGAAAAGCUGAAUGGUUCAAAAAGAAAUCCACAAAGAAGAUCAACAAAAGCAAAGAUCCAGCUCCAGACACCCAGAGAAAAAUCCCAUUUUUAUUGAAGUCCAACUCGUCAACGUCAAGUAGCACUGACGACAGUCACGACACACUUAUAGUCUGCUCUGAUUCAAGCAUGGAAAAUGGUAGAGAUUCUCUACCGCCCUGUGAUGAAAUUCUUGUCAUCAGUAGUGAAGGAAAGCAGGAUUUUCCGCAAGUCCCUCCGGAGAUAACAAAUCAAGAGGAGGGGAAACAAAUCUUAUAG